AGUCCUCAUCAGAGACGGACUGACAACUCAUGGGGCCCCCGGGCAAUAGGGGAUCAUGGGGCCCCUGUGUCCUUGCCCAAACUCAAAAAAGCCUAUGAAAAAGGUACCAGGGGCAUCUCAUGGGGCCCCCUACUGACCCCGGGCCCUCGGGCAGUGCCCGAGUUUCCAAAUGGUCAGUCCGCCCCUGGUCCUCAUGCACACUGGACUUUUUUUUACACAGCUCUUAGGAAUGUCUGGGUUUUUUUCUGCUUCUAAAUGCCCUCACAUAUGUGAACCUAGCCUUAGGCGACCUCUGAAAUGAGUCUACAGGGAAGCCUGCCAUGCCUACAACUAACUGAAUUUUUAACUCUUCCAUCA